AAUAUUAUACAUAAGAAAAUCUACUCUUCAAAAUAAUUGUUUUUUUCAAAGAUGAGAGAUUUGGUGUCAUGUUUCAGCGAGAACUCAAUAAACGUGACACAUCCAUUAUCAAUAUCAUCUUCAUCAUCAUCAUGUUCAAAAUACAGUACCAACAAUGUUUGUAUCUCACCAUCUCUAUUACCAUCAACACAAACCUCCAUUACAAGCAUCUACAGAAUCACUUUAUCGAAACAUCUCAUCAUCAAAGUCACAUGGUGCAAUCCACACAACAACAAUGGCUUAAGCAUCUCUGUUUCUUCCGCAGAUCAAAACCCUUCAACAACUCUCAAACUCAACACUUGUUCUCGUUUCUUCCGUAAGAAGAAAGGUAACAAAUCAGUCGACUCCGAUCUCGGUAAAAUCGAGGUUUUUUGGGAUCUUUCUUCUGCUAAAUACGAUUCAAACUUGUCUGGUCCUGAACCUAUCAAUGGCUUCUACGUUAUCGUUCUCGUUGAUGCUCAAUUGGGUCUUCUUCUUGGAGAUUCAUCUGAAGAAACCCUCCGUAAAAAGGGUUUCUCCGGCGAUAUCGGUUUCGAUUUCUCUCUUGUUUCUCGACAAGAACAUUUCACAGGGAACAACACUUUUUACUCAACUAAAGCUAGAUUCGUUGAAACAGGAGAUUCACAUGAAAUCGUCAUAAGAUGUAAUAAAGAAACAGAGGGUCUAAAACAGAGCACUCAUUACCCUGUUCUCUCUGUUUGUAUUGAUAAGAAGACGGUGAUAAAAGUGAAGAGGCUUCAAUGGAACUUUAGAGGGAAUCAGACGAUUUUCUUGGAUGGAUUGCUAGUGGAUCUAAUGUGGGAUGUUCAUGAUUGGUUCUUUAGUAAUCAAGGAGCUUGUGGAAGAGCUGUGUUCAUGUUUAGGACAAGGAAUGGUUUAGACAGUAGCAGGCUUUGGUUAGAAGAGAAGAUGGUUAAGAAAGAUGAACAAGACAAGCUUGACUUCUCUCUCUUCAUUUACGCCUUAAUUGAUGAUUUAUGGUUAAGGAAGAAGAAUUGAAGAGUGUGAAAUAAGAAUAUAUUGGGGCAUAUGUG